AUGGAGCUGUGCCGCGCGGAAGCGGCAUACGCGGCGAAUAAGGCGCGUCGCGUGGCGUCGUUUAACGGCCUCCUGCAGCCGGCCGUGCUGUCCGUUGCUGAUAUGCUGACUAAGGCCAUCGUUCCCAUGUACCCCUGCCCGCGCGAACAACGGCUGGGCGUGUGGGGAGAAGGCGGAAAGGUAAGGAAGGGGGAUGGGUGGAAGAUGGGAAGGGGGAAAGGUGAUGCAGGGGAUGGGUGGAAGAUGGGAAGGGGGAAAGGGCAUGCAGGGGAUGGGUGGAAGCUGGGAAGGGGGAAAGGUGAUGCAGGGGAUGGGUGGAAGAGGGGUAGGGGAAAAGGGGGAUUGGGAAGCGAAAAGGGGAGCGAGAGGGUGCGAGAGUGGGCGAGGGGGAAAGAAGGGGGAGAGGGAUGGCGGACAGGUAAGGCCGGAGGAUGGGUGGAAGAGGGGGAGCGCGAAGGGGGGAGGGGAAGGGGAAAGGGGAGCGAGUAUGGGGAGAGGGAUGGUGGUCGGUGGGGAGGAAGCGAAGCCGCUAG